GAUUUGUUGAUGAUUAUAGUGGAGGGAAGAAGCAUGAAAAAAAAAUGGAAAAGAUCUCAGUUGGAGAUUUCAGACGCGAAAAGAACAGAGAAUAGCGAUGGUAAAAUUGAAACCUUGGGCUAAUUUGUUAUUCCACCCAUGCCCACCGAAUGAUAUCUUAACUCAUCCUUGAACGGACCGUAAUAGCUUAUUACAAUUACAGUGUGUUUGGUUCAGUGUAAUAGGUAAUCCAUUACGUCUCGAUUACGCGCCUAUUACAUUACCGACCUAUUCCAGCAUUUGGUUCGCUGUAAUCGGUAUUACGCGCCUAUUACAAUACCGACCUAAUCCCCAAAUUCUCUGCUUUUCUAUUCCCUUCCCAAAUCGACGAUUACCCUAUUACAUCCGGCUUCCCUUCCCAAGUCUUUGUUUUACCCUCCCUCCCUACCCGAAAUCGACCUUCACCCUCUCCUUUUUCUGUCCUCAUCAUUUCUCCUCCCAUUUCUUUACCAAUUCUCUCUCUCGGUCUCUUUUUUCAUUUUUUCCAUUUCAUUUGUUGUGGUUUUUGAAAGCCACUGCUUCAUUUUUUCUCUCGGUCUCGGCGUUUGGUUUUUGAAUCUUGAGUGUUCAGUGUAGCUAACUAUUGGCCUGCCCCAUCAUUCAGCCGAAUAAAAGAUAAUUAUGUUAGGUGUUCCAUAAUCACAUGCUUCUUCUCAAGCUUCUCGAGGAACCAAAAGAAAAUGGGUUCCAGAAGAAGAUGCAGCCUUGGUUUCUUGCAUGGUGGACUUGCACAAUGUUGGAACAUUUAAUGCUGAUACCGGGUUCAAAGCCGGUUAUUUGAACGAGUUGGAAAAAAUGCUAGAAAAGGCUUUACCAAAUGCAAUGUUGAAGGCGAAACCAAAUAUUGAAUCGAGGAUUAGGUCACUAAAAAGGGAAUGGUAAAUCGUCUACGACAUGCUUAAUGACCAAAACAAUAGCAGUUUUGAUUGGGACGAGCAUAGGCAGGUCGUUGUUGCUGAAGAUGCAGUUUGGGACUCCUAUUUAAAGAGUCACAAAGAAGCCGCUCAAUUCAAACAUCGUACUUUCCCUUACUACGACCAGCUUACUGCCAUAUACGCAAGAGAUCGAGCGACUGGGAAAGAUGCUCAAACAACUGCUGAUGUUCUUGAAGAAAUAAAUGCUGAUGAUGUACCUACUACAGAUAUGAAUGAAGAGAGAAACACAUUCUAUGACUGCGAAGCUGACGUCUCUUUGGACGACAUGGAUGUUUCUGGUACGGAGCCGCGAGGAGAUAGAGACCAAAGGGGUUCCUCAUCUUCAAACAAGAGAAAGAAGAAAUCUGCUGCUCGUUAUAAUAUGUAUUCUUCAUUUGAUGAGGCUGCCACUUUAUUGGCCGAAAACAUCAAGGCCGUUGGCGAUCAAAUCAGUAGGAGUAUUGCCUCCGGGGUGGUAGUUCAGCAAAAGUCAGAAGAAUAUCAAAAGAUGGAGAGAAAGCUUCAAAUUUAUAUUCAACCUUAUGGGAAAUUGAAGGUUUAA